AUGAUUGAGAAGAAGGGAAGAAGAAUAGUAAUACUGGUGCCAUAUCCAGCACAAGGACACCUAAGUCCCAUGCAGAAGGUGGCGUCGGCGUUUGUGGGGAUGGGAUUGGAGGCGGUGAUAGUUGUCCCGCAGCACAUUAAAAGGUGGCCUGAUGAGGAGACGGUGAGGUGGGUGGCGGUGGAAGAUGGGCUGAGUGUGGGAGGGGGUGCGGCGCCGGAUUUCUUCGAGAUAGAGUGGGCAAUGGAGAAGUGGAUGCCAAGUGAGGUGGAGAAGGUGGUGAUGGGUGAGAAGGUGAAGGGAGAGGUGAUAUGUGUGGUGGUUGACCUGUUGGCCUCCUGGGCCAUAGAGGUAGCCUCCACCUGCGGGAUCCCCUGUGCCGGCUUCUGGCCCGCCAUGUUCGCCUCUUACCGCUUGAUCUCCUCCAUUCCUCACUUGCUCCAAGCUGGCCUCAUUUCUCACACAGGGCUUCCGAAAGAGGAAGGGAAAAAUGGGAUUGUAAGUGAGGCGCCGAUAAUUUCAACGGAGGAUCUACCUUGGCUGAUUGGAACAGUAGCAGCAAAGAAAGCUAGAUUCAAAUUCUGGAGGAGAAGUAUGGAGAGAUCAAGGAAGCUGAAGUGGUUGCUGGUGAACUCGUUUGCGGAUGAAAGAAGAGUGGGUAGUGAUUCAGAUUUAUCAUCAGAUCCAAGGGUGUAUCCCAUAAGCGCUAUUAUAAUAAAUAGCGGGGGCCCGGGGAGGCAUAGGAGGACGAUUAGCUUGUGGGAAGAAGACAGGAGCUGCAUGGAGUGGCUUGAAAGGCAGGAAGCAAGGUCGGUUGUAUACGUGUCAUUCGGAAGCUGGGUGAGUCCGAUAGGGGAGGCAAGGGUGAGGAGCCUCGCACUCGCACUGGAGGCUACAGGGAGGCCAUUCCUUUGGGUGCUGAGGUCCACUUCAGGGUGGCGUGAGGGCUUGCCAGCUGGCUUUGUGGAGAGGACCAGUGGCAGAAGCCGGGUUGUGUGUUGGGCCCCCCAGACGGAGAUCCUGCAGCACCGCUCUGUGGGAUGCUACCUCACUCACUGCGGCUGGAACUCCACCUUGGAGGCUUUGCAGUUCCGAGUGAGACUGCUCUGCUACCCUCUGGCGGGCGACCAGUUCUUGAACUGCGCCUACAUCGUGCAGGUUUGGAGAGUGGGUGUGAGACUGAAUGGGUUUGGAGAGAGGGAUGUGGAUGAAGGAGUGGGCAGGGUGAUGCAGGAUGAGCACAUGGAUGCCCGCUUGGCCUCUCUACACCAAGCUGCUAUCAUUGCCGCUGGGCCUCCCCUCUUGAACCACUUUCUCCAACAAAUACACCCUUCCAUUUCCAUACACUAGCCGCUUCCCAGGCCUCUCAUUCUCUACUAUUAACUACUCACCAUCUUCUUCAUUCCUCCUUUCUAUAUAUAUGCACAACACUAUCAAAAAUGUCAGCUAUAUAUCAUUUCUGCUCAAUUAUUUUGGCCUA